ACACCAAAGGCUUCCCAAGUUGGGCUGCGAAUCCCCGUUUGGUUUUUCAGCGCCGAAAGCCGUAGAAGCAGUAGGAUCUCCUGGUGGGACGCGGUUCUCCAAGGGCUCCCGGAGAGAGGACGAGAUAGCAGGGUUUACAGGGCAAAGAAAGGAGAACCUGGAAAUCGUGUCCUGGGGGGCAAGAGUGCGUUGCCCAAUCACAAGUGUGCCGUAGAGGUGGGAGAGGACGAGGACCCAUUUCCACAUUUCAAUCCCCCGUUUCUGUCGCUGCCCCUGGAGGACUCAGCUGCUAACGCCGAGCUCGUUUCCACGCGGCUCUGGCCCUAGUCGGGGAAGCCGGGUGGCCGCGCGACGCGAGAGAACUGCUGGGAUGCGUGGCCCUGGUAUGGGCGCACCCAGCGUCUGGGGCGCAGGUUCUCUCAGCCCAGCUUCUCCUCCCACUCACUCGCUCGGAUCUCCUCCCUCCUUCACAUCCCCCGCCCCCGGGACCGCGAGGCUCCCUCCCCGCACCGGCCAGUGAGUACACAAAGCCGCGGGUGAGGGGAAGCUUCGCAGGCGUGCACGGAGCAGUGAGAUCACUGGCGUUAUAAAUAUCCCGGUGCCAGCGCGGAGAUCCGCUCGGGUGGCCUCUCUCUUCCCCUCUCCCCUUCUCUUCCCCGAGGCUAUGUCCACCCGGUGCGGCGAGGCGGGCAGCGCCAGAAGCACGCAGCCGCACAGGGGCUACAGAGCCCAGAAUCAGCCCUACAAGAUGCACUUAGGACCCCCGCGGCUGGAAGAAUGAGCUUGUCCUUCCUCCUCCUCCUCUUCUUCAGCCACCUGAUCCUCAGCGCCUGGGCUCACGGGGAGAAGUGUCUCGCCCCCAAACGGCAACCCGGACCCGCUGCCACUGAUAGGAACCCUAGAGGCUCCAGCAGCAGACAGAGCAGCAGUAGCGCUAUGUCUUCCUCUUCUGCCUCCUCCUCCCCCGCAGCUUCUCUGGGCAGCCAAGGAAGUGGCUUGGAACAGAGCAGUUUCCAGUGGAGCCCCUCGGGGCGCCGGACCGGCAGCCUCUACUGCAGAGUGGGCAUUGGUUUCCAUCUGCAGAUCUACCCGGAUGGCAAAGUCAAUGGCUCCCACGAAGCCAAUAUGUUAAGUAUUUUGGAAAUAUUUGCUGUGUCUCAGGGGAUUGUAGGAAUACGAGGAGUUUUCAGCAACAAAUUUUUAGCGAUGUCAAAAAAAGGAAAACUCCAUGCAAGUGCCAAGUUCACAGAUGACUGCAAGUUCAGGGAGCGUUUUCAAGAAAACAGCUAUAAUACCUAUGCCUCAGCAAUACAUAGAACUGAAAAAACAGGGCGGGAGUGGUAUGUGGCCCUGAAUAAAAGAGGAAAAGCCAAACGAGGGUGCAGCCCCCGGGUUAAACCCCAGCACAUCUCUACGCAUUUUCUGCCAAGAUUCAAGCAGUCGGAGCAGCCAGAACUUUCUUUCACGGUUACUGUUCCUGAAAAGAAAAAGCCACCUAGCCCUAUCAAGCCAAAGGUUCCCCUUUCUGCACCUCGGAAAAAUACCAACUCAGUGAAAUACAGACUCAAGUUUCGCUUUGGAUAAUAUUCCUCUUGGCCUUGUGAGAAACCAUUCUUUCCCCUCAGGAGUUUCUAUAGGUGUCUUCAGAGUUCUGAAGAAAAAUUUCUGGACACAGCUUCAGCUAUACUUACACUGUAUUGAAGUCACGUCAUUUGUUUCAGUGUAACUGAAACAAAAUGUUUUUUGAUAGGAAGGAAACUGGAAUUCUUUGUACUAAUACAGGGAGCACACCGCUUCAGUUUAGCAAGACAUAAAGCCUUUUGCUUUAUGCUUGAGGGAUAUUUAGAACUUUGUAUUUUCGGAAAGUUAAAUAACAUGGACUAUGUAUUUUUCUGACUUUUACAGAUCAACCUGAAAGAACACACAUGAUACAUUUUUAUUUUUGGUUUCCAAAGAAUAUUUUGAUGCAGAUAAAAUAUUUUGUUAACUUUUGUUUUUUUGUUUGUGUUUUUAAAAGUACCUCUGCAUUGAGCAUAUUUUCUUACUUUUAUUAUUUUAAUUAAUAUGACAUAAGCAAUCAUUUUAUGCUGUUUAUGAAUUAUAAAUGUGUUUAUAGCUCAUUUGUAAUGUGGAAAUCUUUUACAUUUUUCCUAUUCACUGCACUUUUUUAUAGUUUUUAUUUCUAGCCAUACCUCAGAUAAUAUGUUUAGUUUUAUAUUUUAAAAUGUUUAAAUUCUCUUUCACAGCA